CUUCACCUGGACGAGAGGGCGUGUAGGUGCCACGAGUAAGAGUAGAGAAGAAUAAAGAGUAGCAAAGAAUAAAGAGUAACAAGGAAUAAGAAUUGUAAAGACUUACAUAACAUCAAUAUCCUGUGAGUGUCUUUGAUCCAUCACAAUUCCGAGGGACCUUUGAUCCCUGGACAAACAUGGUCUUCACAAUUUUCAAGAAAAGUUAGCAGUGAAGAUGUGAGGGGCAGAAAAUCGUUCUCAUGCCAUCGCUACAGUAAAGAAACCCGACCAGGUUCUCUGGAGUGUUUCUCUCGGGGGGACACAGGAGAAGAUAUAUACUUUUGAUCGAAGUCGCAAAGCCAGCCGCCACAAUGAACGCGACUCCGCCUCUGGACUAUGAGACCAACGAGACUUACUACCCUUUGAACUGUUCUUACCUCAAUACUACUGACGCUGAAGAGGGAUACAACUGCUCUCUGGGGGUGUUCACGGGGGAGGUGUCACCCAUUAACAUGGUGGCCAACAUCGUUAUGCAGGCCAGCUACGCUGUCGCCUUCCUGGUGGGUCUUUGCGGCAACACCCUCGUUAUUUACGUCGUCACUAGGUUCUCCAAGAUGCAGACGGUAACAAACCUUUACAUCGUCAAUCUAGCCAUUGCCGACGAGCUAUUCGUCAUAGGUAUUCCGUUCUUGAUGAUCACUUCAGCUCUGGGCUACUGGGCCUUCGGCUCCAUCAUGUGCAAGCUGUACAUGAUCACCACGUCGCUCAACCAGUUCACCAGUUCGCUCUUCCUCACCAUCAUGAGCGCUGACCGCUACAUCGCCGUCUGCCACCCCAUCAGUUCACCCAAGUUCCGAACGCCAAUGAUCUCUAAACUGGUGUCCCUGACUGCCUGGACCACCUCCGCCCUCAUGAUAGUGCCAGUCUUCAUGUACUCUAACACACUCGAAGUCAACGAGCUUAUCAACUGCAACAUUUUCUGGCCAGACAGCUUUGGUAUCAGCGGCCAGUUUGUUUUCACGUUGUAUUCCUUCAUCCUCGCUUUUGGCAUUCCUCUCGUCCUUAUUUUUAUAUUCUACGGUCUGGUGCUGCACAAACUCAAGUCCGUGGGACCUAAAGCAAGAUCCAAAGAGAAGAAGAAGAGCCACAGGAAGGUGACGAAGAUGGUGUUGACGGUGAUCACCGUGUACGUCAUGUGUUGGCUGCCUUACUGGGUGUUGCAGCUGGCGCUCAUCUUCAGCCCCCCGAGGGAGGGACAGAGCCCCUUCAUGGUCAUCCUCUUCCUGAUCUCCUCCUGCUUGUCCUACAUCAACUCCGCCAUCAACCCCAUACUGUAUGCAUUCCUGAGCGAGAACUUUAAGAAGAGCUUCAUGAAGGCGUGCAUCUGCGCCACCAGGAAGGAUGUCAACAGCUCCUUGGCUGUCGAGAACUCCGUCUUCCCGCGCCGACGAGGCAAUUCUUCGCGGCCCAAGAACGCCAAGGCCCAAGAUAUGGAGUCCAACGACGCCUUCACGACGCAGUGCACCAGAGACGAGCCCACUACCGCCAUCACCAUGACCACUCGAUCCACCAUCAGCCAAGGAGCCAGGGAGAACGGUACAGAGAUUCCCACCUCGCAGCUGUGAACACUCUCGAAGACAUCUUCGCCAGGUGAGACUUCAAAGUAAUUCACCUCUGAUGGUACAGUUUCUUCUCCCCUUCCUCGGAUGAAAAAUAAUUGCCUCCUAGAUCUCCAGGUGCUGUGUAUAUGUUAUGCGCUUCUCACUGUCAUCUAUAAUAAUCCGUAAUAAUAAAGAUGAUAAUAAUGAUUAUGUUAGCACUUUGUUAUUAUUGCUCAUAAAAAUAUUAUAACUGAUGCUAGUAUAAUGUUGACUGUUAUGCACUUGCAUGCGUACACACUCCUAUGUCAUUACGCACACAUACACGCACACAGACAUGCGUACAAACACACGCGCACGUGUAAACUAAUCCACAUGCCAUACCUGAAAAUCCUCAGAAAGGUAAUCACGAAAUCGUUACCUGGUAAAUGGAGACCAAUUAGCAUUGAGAGAAUGGGCAGCACACCUGCUAACGACCCAAGCAGCCAUCUAGCAGGGAAGUAAGGGUUAUUAAGUGAGCACCUGGUCGUUCCUUAAGGGGUCUGUGAUCCACUUGGCCUAAUGGAACGUGACGAUACUGUUAAGAUAUUGCCAGUUAGGAGGUGUUGUGCGGAGAGAGAGAGGGAGAGAGGAAAGAGAGGAGAG